UCAAAUCGGAGGUAGGGUGUGAGGUGUCUCAGACUAAAGGUUUUGAGUCACAUGGUGUCUCAGAUCGGAGGUAGGGUGCGUGGGUGUGGCUAGAUCAAGAGUUUUUCAAGGAGGCAGCAUAUGCUAAGUUUAGAAGAGCACAUGGCGAAGUAACAGAUGGUCACGUGGUGUUGUUUGUGUCUGUGAUGAAGUAGAUGGUUAAAAAAACACCAUUAUGUGGCAAGCGAUGUCCGUUACUUGAACAAUGAUGAGCUUUGCCAUAGAGAGCUGUUUGAUGUUGAUUGAAGUGAACACUUAUUCCAUGCAAAUGAUUAAUACAGGGCACUCUCCAAUGCAGAGGUAUCUGUGGGUCUUUGUUGUUGAGGGUGAACAAGUUGAGAAUGAGUGAAUUGAAUUGGAACAAGGAAGUUUUUUACCUACGAAUCUCCUUGAUUGAUUGAAUUGAGUGUUAUGUCCACCCGGGUAUGGAAGUGGAAUCUCCACGAUGUGUUUUUAACUGUGCCAAUUGAUGACUGAUUUGCUUGUGUGGAAGUAGAAAAUCUCCUGCUGGAAGAAGUGUCUGGUCGUAUCAUUUGGACAGAUUAUUGGAUGAGGUUGGUGCCCCAGGAAUUGUGGUUGGUGUGUGUGUUGAUGGUGAGCAUGUCUGGAAAGAAGGAUCGGGCUAUUCUGAUGUUGAGAAUCGUGUCCACUGCAACUCGGAGACAUUCAUGAGGAUAGCCAGCAUCUCCAAGGUUAUCACCAUGACGAUAGUUGCCAAGCUGAUGGAGAACAAUCAACUUGAUAUUGAUAAACCGGUUCAAGAAUAUGUGAAGGAAUUUCCAGAGAAAACCUUUGAGGGGGAAAAGGUUACCAUAACAACGCGUCAUCUAUUGUCACACGUGAGCGGGAUCAGACACUAUGAGACAGCUGAAGAGAUUCAGAAGAAGAAGCAAGAAAAGGAACGAGAGAAGAAAGAAGGCAAGAAGUUGGUCAAGAACGAGAAUGAGUUAAAGAUGAAGGAGUAUAAUCUGAAGGAGAAAUAUGCGAGUGUGAAGGAUGCCUUGAUGAUCUUUAAAGAUGAUGAGUUGAUACAUAAGCCAGGCACUGAGUUCCUCUACUCAACCCACGCUUGGACGCUUGUUAGUGCUGUGUUAGAGGGCGCCACUAAGAAGGAAUUCCCGGACAUGCUGCGUAGUUUAUUCAAAGAGCUUGGCAUGACGAGGACGUAUCUGGAUGAAAACGAGCCGCUGAUUUAUGGAAGAUCAAGGUUUUAUGAAAGGAACAAUAAAGGUAAAAUAAUGAAUACACCAUACGUGGACAACUCUUACAAGUGGGCUGGAGGUGGAUUACUUUCAACUGUUGGAGACUUGUUAAAGUUUGGCAAUGUUAUUUUAUACAGUUACCAAUGGCAUCCAAACAACUUUUUUUCUGAGCGGUCUACCGGAAUUCAUAUGUCUAAUAAAUCAGAGGAGUUGGUUGUAAAUCAUGAAAAAGACAUAAUCAAAGCAAAAGGCCUUCCAGGAUAUUUAAGUCGGCAGACUAUAGUAAAGACUUGGGACGUGAAUGAGAAGGCCAAGUGCUCAUGGGAUAAGAAUGGUCACUUUGCUUUAGGCUGGGCUGUUGUUCCUGAGAAGAAGACGAAUGGUUGUUGUCAGGAGCAGCGUUUCUAUAUCUCACAUACAGGUGGAGCUGUUGGUGCUUCCAGUGCCUUGGUUAUCCUUCCACGUGAGGGUGAAGGCAGUCAAACAGUGCCCCCUAGUGGUGUGGUUGUUGGUAUAAUAACAAAUCUGAGUAGUGUUGGACUUGCUAAGGUUGCCAUGGAGAUAGCUGCUUUAUUUGAAGAUGUUCCCAUGCCGAUUCAAGGCAAGUAACUUCUUCCAUGCCAAUUUUCAUGUCGCACACCAAAAUUAGCGUGAACAACUUAUUUCUAGUCACCUUGUUUGUUAAGCACGCAGGCAUACAGGUUGAUGUCACUGCCUGGCAAAAUCACGCAUACCAUGACACCAAUAAAAAAGUGAGUCACAUUGCAGGGAGGUUUAAUUUGACCACUCAUCACUCACUCCUGUAACUUAACACUUCUAUAGUCGUACUUCCACCUAUCAAAUCCCCGUGUCUUUUGCGCUUACACCUAUGAAUUGCCAUGUCUAAAUAGACCCGUGUGUCAAAUCCCCGUGUCUAUUAGCCCCAUCGAGCUCGAUGGGGCUAAUCGGGGGCUAAUUUAGACCCGUGUUUAACACAGGUUUUUUUAUAGGUGGAAUCUGAAUAGACACGGCAAUUGCAAGUUCUAAGAUCCGGCGACAGAUGGCGCGGUGUAGUUGCCUCGGUAUUGCGCCCCCUCCAACAGGAAAGAAACACAGGAGAGCUCCCAACCUACAGCGCACCUGUCGCCGGGGCUAUUAACCAUUAUCUAACACAACUGAUAGGUGUAAGUGCGCCCCGGGUUUUUUGACACACGCCGAAGACACGGGUCUUGAAAAAACACUAGGUUUUAUGAUAGGUGGAACUACGACUUAUGUCAACUGUACCACUGUGUUAAUCAAUCAGCAAUCAGUCGACAAGCAUUGUUUUCUGCCAAGUUUUGUUUUCCUUGUCAAAAGUUGUAAUGUCCAAUGUGAAUGAUUUUGAGGGCAACUGAUCUACUUGAGAUGUAUUGCCUCAUGAAAAUAAAUUGUUUUGCAAAAAUUGUGCUUGUUUUAAAUCUGA